AUGGCCAGUGAUGUCGAGCUGCUUCUCAGCUUCCUCACAGUGCCAUAUCUUCGCCAACCAUUGUUGCUUCGCUUCUUCUGUCGACACGACCGAGUCCUAGCCUUGCGCCAUCCAGCCUUGCAAGCUAUGCUGCAAGCUGCGUUGUUCGAGCCCGGGCGUUUGAUUAUGAGCAGCAACGAGUCGAAGUGUCCGGAACGAGUCCCAGCCACCGGGCAGGCAGAGAUGGCUUUAAUGGGCUCCCCGAACGGCCAACUCUUGUUGGAACUUGCGCGCUCGCCCAAACCCUUACUGCACGCUCUCAUCGACUGCUUAAAGCUGGCGUUAGAUGUGGCCACCUCAUCAACUUCCAAGACAGUGGACCUCUAUGCUCGAGUGAUGAGCGCCGUUACAUUCGUUUACCAGAUCAUGAAGGGAGAGCACAGGUCCCAGCAAAAGAAUUGGGAGUUGGGUUUGCCGGAGCCCGGCGCGCGCAAGGAGCAGGAGGUUCUUUGGACCCUACAGCAAGCCAUGAUUGACCAUGAGAAGCGCGUGUCGGAGCACGAAGGGCAAGGGCUUAUGACUUGCUUAGAGCGUUGGUUGCAAGAACUUUGGGACAGCUGCCAGAAGAAACCUCAUCUCACAGACGAGAAUGUGCAGCGGAUGUGCGACAUCCAUGCCCAUAUUUUGCUUCUGCUUCGCGGCUUGAAGUUGGUGGGGAAGCCCAACCAAGAACGAUCUCCCUGCCACCAUGUCCGCAGGCUGCUGGGGUCUUUUUCCUUCCUGGUUGCUCGUCACACCUGGAAUGCUGGGUUCCUGCAGAUACCCGAGCCAGAAGUGAUGGAGGUGCUGCAAGUUCACAGACGUUUCUUGAUUGAAUGGCUGAAUUCUUGCGAUUCCACCAGUUCUCCGGAUGAGUUUCACGAGGUGUUGAACAUCGUUCUGAAGCAGUACACACUUGGAGACCACAUGACCACAGCCAAGAAGAGAUGGAAGCGCAAAACAACAUGGCUUGGGGCAAUGGGUUGCUAUGCACUUGACGCGUGCUUUGAUCGUGGAUGUGUCAAGCCAUUGCCUCGAAAAGACGUCUAUUGGCUGGAAGUGAAUCUCCAAUUGCUGCAGGUGUCAAUGAGAGGCACAUUUGUGGAAGCUCUAGCAGCAGAUAUCGUCAAGAGCCCUGCUUUGCAACGAGUCUUGCACCGUGAAGGUCGAGAACUACGUACGAUGCAGGGCAGCAGAGCUCUUGAGUCUGAAACGGUCAUUGCAUAUGAACUGAUGUCGUGCGAUUUGAUGACUUUGAGGUGUGUGGAGGUGGGUCCUAGUUUGCCCGAGUUCUUCUUGCCAGUACGCUUGGUCUAUGAUCAGUAUGAUGCUGAGGAUUUGGAAGGAGGCUUGGAGUGGGUUGGGGAUUUGUUUGAGCCAAUUCGUACGCAAUUCUUUGUCCCACCAAAUCUGAAGUUGAGGGAACCCGCAAAGUUCUAUAGUGAAGCUUCAGCCUCAGCGCCUGUGGUUGUUCUAUCUUGCAGUCAUCCCGACUUCCCUGGCAAGUUCUGGAAUACUGCUCUGAUUGCAGACGCAGAAGAACAGGAGAGCAGUCACCACUGGACCCCUCAUGAAACGAUGCCCAAGGAUGAAGCAGAGGAUUCGGAGUCGGACGCUGAAAUCGGCGCCUUGCAGAAAUCUGUUGUUGAGUUUGUGGAGCCGUCCAUCGGCGGCCCAAGGAUGUCCCAUGAGAUCAGCUUCAGCUUGGCCGCAGAAGCGGAGCCUGAUGCGGCCGACAGCGAAGUCAAGUACAAGCUCCAGAUAGUGAGGCGUGCCCCCUACAUCCCCAAAGAGGACAGCUCAAGUACGCGAUUCUGGGUACCAUUGAGGGGGGCAGACACCACGGAGAUUUGUUUGCUUCCCCUGCUGCAAAGUGGUGUGAUCCUGCGUGAUUUGCUCCGCCUCGCGCAGUUGGCCAAGGUUCCAGGCUUAGAGGCUCACGCUCAUGCUGCUCGAGCAUCAAGGGGCAUCGGUUGGUCCAAGCUGACCCGGAGAGGUGAACUCUUCCUACCCAAAGAGGUUUUACUCGGAGUGCUGCCCGAAUGCUUGGUGGAAGCUUACAACUUCUAUCAGGACAUGAAAGAGGAGAAAGUCCUGCGUGGGUAUCCUCUCAACCAUAAACAUGAAGAGGAACCCUUUGCAAGCAUGGACCAUUGGCUCUUGGUGAGGCUUGUCGAGCGAUCAGCUGCGAAGCAUACCCAGAUGAAGGGAGUUCAUGCCUUUGUGACCAAGAUCAUGAAGUCUUCAUGUGGCAUGUCUUCAACAGCCAAGAAGCUUGUCGACCUUGUCUUCGCAGAAGAGGGGUCUGCCGGCUUUGUCGUAGCCCAGGUCAUUUCGAGGUUUGAAAACUUGUCACACUGCCUGGCUUGGUCGGAUGAUGCAUCUUCUGCUUCUAUCGAUUCUGUUGAGUUGCCUAGACUUCACUUGACUUUCAAGCAUAGCCAUGGCAAAUUGAUUUCGAAGGACUUCAAAGGAAUGCACCUUGUCACCUCUGUUCCUGAGAAAGUUUCGCACUUGAUGCGGGGCCUUCCUCAUUGCCUGCCUCUCCAGGAUCAAAAUGAGAACUACCAUAUAUUGGUGCCUUUCGUUCUGAGCCACCGACCAGACAUUCAAUCGGAUCCCUUCUCUUGUGAACUUGUGUUGGAGCGUGAGAAUGAAGAUUGGCAAAACCACAACACAAAGGUUUUUCUCUAUGAAGUGCACUUGUCACGGACAUUCCUCUUCACACCAACCACAACAGCUGCGCUGUACUUAUUGCUGCUGAAAUUGCAGCAUCGGCUGUAA